CACAUAGACCCCUCUCGUUUUGCUUUGAAAGUCAGAGGUGUUUCCGACUCAUUUCCUAACAACGCAUCAACCGGUGUUCAAAUUUGUUUUGUGCUCUGUAAAAUUCUCUCAUUGUGAAAAACCCUUUUAUUUAUUUUUAUUUUUAAGUUUUAAUUUUCCAGACUCGACCGAAAAAGGAGGACGAACCAGCUGUGUGUGGUGGCAAUCGAAAUCGAAAUAAAAAUAGACAUAGAAAGAGAUGGGUGUUUUCGAAGAGAUUGGAGCCGAUAUUAGAUGACAAUUGUAGUUGUUGAUGUAAUAAGCAAGGGCCUGUGUUUGAGAUAAGGGGUGGAAGUUCUUUUGGAUGAAUUUUGUGUUUUUAGUUUCUAUUAUUAUAUACUUUUGAAUCGAAUGGAGCAUUUUAUGAUUGAUGCCAAUGGGUUGGACGACAGUUCCGAUAUUGAAGUGGACGAGAUAAGGUGUGAGAAUAUCACAGAUAAAGAUGUCAGUGAUGAAGAAAUUGAUGCAGAAGACUUGGAGAGGCGAAUGUGGAAGGACCGUAUCAAACUUAAGAGGAUCAAGGAAAGACAGAAGCUUGCAGCCCAGCAAGCUGCAGAGAAGCAGAAGCCAAAGCCAACAACCGAUCAGGCUAGGCGUAAGAAAAUGUCAAGAGCUCAAGAUGGGAUAUUGAAGUACAUGUUGAAGCUUAUGGAAGUGUGCAAAGCCCGUGGAUUUGUGUAUGGGAUAAUUCCUGAGAAGGGUAAGCCAGUCAGCGGUUCAUCUGAUAAUAUAAGGGCUUGGUGGAAGGAGAAGGUGAAGUUUGAUAAGAAUGGGCCAGCGGCGAUAGUGAAAUAUGAAGAGGAGUGUCUUGCCAAGGGAAAGGCCAAUGGUUUUCAGAAAGGGAACUCGCAAAGUAUUCUUCAAGACUUGCAAGAUGCAACUUUGGGGUCUCUUUUGUCUUCUUUGAUGCAACACUGUGAUCCACCUCAGAGGAAGUACCCUUUAGAGAAAGGUGCUCCUCCACCUUGGUGGCCCACAGGGAAUGAAGACUGGUGGGUGAAAUUGGGACUAUCCAAAGGUCAGAGUCCUCCGUAUAAGAAGCCUCAUGAUUUGAAGAAGAUGUGGAAAGUUGGAGUUUUAACUGCUGUCAUAAAGCACAUGUCACCUGAUAUUGCAAGGAUUAGGAGGCUAGUCCGGCAAUCAAAGUGCUUACAGGAUAAGAUGACAGCUAAGGAGAGCUCAAUUUGGUUGGCUGUUUUGAGCCGAGAGGAAUCCCAAAUUCAGCAGCCAAGCAGUGACAAUGGAACAUCUGGCAUAACUGAGGCACCUUCAGGUGGCCGUGGCAAAAAGAAGAAACCUACCAUCAGUAGUGACAGUGACUAUGACGUAGAUGGCAUUGAUGAUGGUGUAGGCUCGGUUUCAUCUAAAGAUCAACAGCUGGAUGUGGAACCAGCUAUUCAACCUCGAAAUUCUACAACUCGUCUUUUCGAGGAUAAAGAGCGACGAGAGGAGCAACCUAGAAGAAAAAGAGCACGUGUACGAUCAAGCCCUGCUGACCAACAGCCUGCACCAUCUUCUAGUGAGCAUCUGCAUGAUGAACCAAGAAACACCCUGCCUGAUAUAAACCAAAUUGAUGUUCCUUCCCAUAUGUACGGAAGCCAACACAAAAAUGAUACAACUGAAACUGUGAUGCCUGCAGAGAAAGAUCUUCAGGAAGGUUACCAGUUACCAGCAUCCGAGUUUGAUCAAAUCUCACCAGUUCCUUUUGCCGAUGUAAUACACACGCAGAACAUGUUUGUGGGCGGCAGGUCAUUACCAUAUCCUGUGGUUCAAGGCUCUGGGUUGCAUCAUGGACCUCAAGACUCCGGUUUGCACAAUGAAACUCAAAAUACCAGGUUGCUUAAUGGAUCUCAAAAUUCUGGGUUGCAUCAAGGACCGCAGAUUUCUCAGUUGCAUCAAGACCCUACUUAUGAUUUUUAUAAUCCAUCAUUGGAGUAUGGGCCCAGUGGUGUUGGACAGCAGAGCCAAAUGGCAUUUAGUGAACCAUGGAUGAGGCCGGUGGAUUCUGUAGUCAAUCUACCAGCUCUACAUAGAAAUGAAAAUGAUAUUGCUGGAGGAGAUAUGCAGCAGUAUUUGAAAGAUACCUUUCAGAAUGAGCUAGAUAGACCUGUUACUAAUCACUUCGGGUCUCCAAUCAAUAGCCUGUCACUAGAUUAUGGAGGAUUCAACAGUCCAUAUCAUCUUGGAAUUGAUAGUACAGGUUCAUUAGAUACCAAUGAUAUAGACCUUUUCCUGGAUGAUGACUUGAUCCAAUACUUUGGGGCAUAGAUUUAUCAGAUUUGGUACUUCGAAGUUCAGAUUGGGCAUAAAAAAAUGCAAUAUCUGGUGUUGAGCUAGGUGAACAACUUCUCUCUUGGACUGUUGCCUGUGCUGAUGUUGUCAUCCAUGCAUCACAAGCCUGUAAAUUAUGACCUCAGUACUUCCAUCCCUGAAUGUAGUGCAGAAGUAAGGAAUUGACUUAAGAUUUUUUGGGUUGCAAUUGACCUAUCUUAUCUUAUGUAAUUUUGAGGAUCCUUGAGUCGUUCCUGUAAAUGAGUCAAUUUGUUUAGUUGGUAAAAACAGCAAGGUACUAGUAUUUUGCACAUUCUCCUUGGACAAGGUUGAAAUUAAUAACAAGUUGUCCAUAAUGUUCCUUUGUCUUCAA